AAAAACGAUUUUCAUAGACAGUACAUACACAUAUUAAUUCAUAUUUGAGUUUUGAGACCUAUCGGCAUUUUCAUUAUUCAUUAAAUCGAUUACCUAUGUACCGUACAUAAGUAACCACUCCUUCGUAUUAUUGAAUCUCCAGAGUAAUUACAUUUUUUUUUAAUGAUAUUCUGCGAUUUCAUACCUUAUUAAAACCUGAAAUAGCAAUACACUUUUUCUUAAUCGGCCAAUGCGCGCCGACCGUUAGUGUUCGUCGAAAAUACAAUACAAACAUUUCUAUUUAGUCAGAUAAAACAUAAGGAAAUUGAUUUGUUGACUAUUCGUAAAAUGUUUCCCUUAAAGUAAUCUAAAGUAAUUGCUAAAAUCUUCAAAGUUGUAAAAAUGGAACCCAUAGAUCUAGAAACAAAAAAAUGUUGUCCCAAUUGCAGCCAACCUUAUCAAUUUCAAAUACUUUCAACUAUAUCAAAGAUCAACUUACCAUUGUUCCUGGAAUGUGGUCACACUGUUUGUGAAAAUUGUAUUAGAAACAUUGUCAAGUUUCACGAACCGAUUGAAUGCAGGAUAUGCCAGAAAUGUAUGGAAAUUGAUUCAUCUGAAUCAUGUCUACUGGUUCAAGAGAAAUUUAAGUUUUUCAAAAAGUUCCCAGUUAACUUCCAGAUGCUAGGUGAACUUGCUUUUCAAUUAAUUCAGAUUCCUAGAAAUUCCAAAAAAGAUUCAAAUGAUGAUGAUUAUUACAUUGACCUCAAAACAUUGAUGAAAAGCACUGAAAAUACCCAAGGACCAUGCUUGGAAUGCAAAAAAAUGUCAUCUAAAAUUUGCCAUCAAUGUGCAACUAUCCUGUGUGAGGCGUGCUUCAACAAAAGUCAUAAAAAUUUUGCAAUUUUUAAAAAUCACAUGCUUCAAAAUAUAGAAUCAAUCUUAACAACAAACUGCUGCAAUCUCCACAACGACAAACAACUUGAUUACUACUGCAAUGAAUGCUCCAAACCAAUAUGCAUAGAUUGCUUGAUGGUUGGCGGUGAAAAAUCAUGCAAAAAUCAUAACACUACAUCCAAACAGGAAGUUAAUGAUAAGUUUAUUGAGGAACUGGGUAACAUUGCACCUAAGUUAUAUGAAACAUUUAAACGACUCACAAAAACUGCUGUUGACAUUGGAAACAUACUCUACCACAUUGAGAAUGAAAACGAAGCAAAUGAGUUAACACGAGCUUAUUCCACAACAGAACAGCAUUUUUCUAAACUGUGCUACGCAGUCCAGAAACACAAACAAGAGAAUCUUGAUAUCAUCAACAAAUUAAAGUGCUCAGAAAAGGAUUCACUAAUGCAAGCUAAGACUGUCAUCGCAACAGCAAUAGAAAAAGCCAACAAAGUCUUGAAUAUGAUUAAUUUAACAUCAGAUCCGAAAAAACUUAAACAUAUGAAUCUCUCUGUUAUUUUUAAUGAAGCCAAAGAAAUAACUGAAGCCCCUUGGUACUUAUCUCGGAGCGAAAUUGGCAAAGAGCCAUUGAAAGCUGUAGUGGAUGAAGAGUUAUGUGCUUUGGUUAAUGACUUCCUACAUCUGGACGGGAAUGCAGAAUUUGUUUAUAAACUGCAACGCACUCAAGAUCUCGGCGACAAUAUAGAAAUACCACCGCCGCCUGAUGCACCUGUGUUCCCACCAGAACUGCCUAAAGAUGUUCGCGAACAAAACAAAGCUGUCACUGAAAGAGAGAAAGAUAACCAAAGAACUUCAGGAUUUUUUAAGCUUGCCCCCAAGUACCGUAAUAAAAGCAAUUCAGUAACUUCACUGAACUCUAACAGCAGUGAUUCUUCUCAUCAAAGCCUCUUCAAUUACGCUGAUCUCUACAAACCCAUGCAGCCUGUAUCACCAUUUGUUGAAAGCCAACAUCCAAAACAGCUUCGAGAAGGAACACAAGAACUUAUCUACAUAACGCAUAUAGUAGAUCCGCAUAAUUUCUACGUUCAACGAGUGUGCCAACAAGCGAUGGUAAAGGAAAUGUUACGCGAGUUUCGUAACGCUAAGUCUUUGCCGAAACCGUCUCUAAAUCAUGUGGCAGAAGGAAAACUUUACUUGGCGUUCAACGAGGCUGAUAAAAUGUGGCAAAGAUGUCGCGUCAUCAGUAUAGACAAGCGACAUAUGGAGAACCCGGUCUUUCACGUGUUCUGUAUUGAUUUCGGGAGCACGGAAUCUGUUAAAAUAGAUAAAUUAAGACUUCUUCCACCAGCAAGAGUUCAAUCGCCGUAUCCACUGGCCAUCAAUUGUUCCAUUAGUAACUGUGAACCCAAGACAGGUGCUUGGACCAACCAUGAUGCUUAUCUGAUCCAACACAUUGUUGAUAAUAAACAAGCAGUUAUUCACAUUCGUCGUGUUUGCUCAACUUCGAACUAUACAGUUAAAUUGGAGUGUGACGUCACAACAUUCGAACAUGGCGUCAGUAUUGCGCACGCACUUGUAUUCCACGACCGCGCUCGUAUGCCAAAUCCGAAAUUACCGUACUUGCCUGUGGCCCAAGAAAACCCAAAACUCUUCAUCAGCAACAAUGAUUUUAAAUAUAAAGCUAUCGAAGAAGUAACCAUUACGCAUACCGUAAAUCCAGACAAAUUUUUCGUUAGAAAGCGUCAUCUUCAAAAAACGUACGAGAAUCUGUGCGAAGAAAUGGAUCAGGAGUAUUGCGCGAACAUAACUACUGAAACAAUUUAUUUGCCUGAAAUUGGGAUGGCGUGCGCGGUGCAGACGGAGCGCGGCGGGUGGGCGCGCGGCGUGGUGCGCGAGACGCCGGGGCGCGGGCGCGUGCGCGUGUGGCUGGCGGACUGCGGGCGCACGCACGUGCUGCAUUACUCCGCGCUGCGGUACCUGCGCGACAAGUUCACUAAAGCGGCCGCUCUAGCGACUGAAUGUCAUUUAGCUGGCGUUACUCCGCUGCACAAAAAAUGGAACACCGGCUCCGUGGCUCUGCUACAAAAAUAUGAGGAUACAUGGCUCGAGUUGCACGUACAAGAUAAUCGCAGUAAAGGUUCAAUCGGUGUUACCUUAUUCGACAAAUCCGAUCCUGACGAUGUUGUCUGCAUCAACAAUUUAAUGAUUAAAUACAAAUUCGCCAUUUCAUUCGGAUUAUUUAAAUUCAAUACUAAUGAAGCGGUAGAAGAACAAGUGAUCACAAAUAAAAAUCCACUUGACGUGCAGCGUCCAAAGACAAAGCCACAAACAGAAAACAUUAAAAUCUUAAAAAGACAAUGUUCCGUACAAGAAAAAGAAGAAGAUUUGGAAGCGAAAGACAAAGGACCACUUCGAUUAGAAGCGAAACUGUUAUAUUAUAAAUCGCCCUCCCUCAUUUACGUGUCUCUGAUACAUCAGCAGAAGGCGUUCAACAAACUGUUUGAAAACAUUCAAAAGUUUUAUUCGAACAAUAAAUACCAAACUAAAGCUAAAGAUUGGAACGUGGGCGACAGGUGUUGCACGCUUUGCAUUCAGUCGCAAACAUGGCGACGCGCUGUCAUACUUGAAAUCGAAGGUGAAAACGUCAAAGUGUUCUAUUCGGACUUCGCGUGCACGGAAACAGUGCCGAUUUGCAGUUUACGUGAACUAACAAGCGAGUUUGCCUCAAUAGGAGAUGCUGCGAUCAAGUGCCAUCUGUGUGGCGUUAUCCCGGCUGUGGGAGACGAAUGGCCUUCGCUUACCAAAGAGUAUCUUGGCGAUCUUCUGGAAGCGUAUCAACGCAUUUUUAUUACUAAACUAGGCAACUUCAAGGACAAAAGUAUGCCUGUUGAAAUCUGGGUCUAUCACACGACACAAGGAGGAGCUUUAGAGCCCAAUCAAUCUGAGUGGCGGUGUUUAAAUAAUAAGAUUAUUGACCAAGGAUUAGCCAUUCCAGAUAAAACGCGAACGGUAUCAAACUCUGACAAUUCUCAGAGCUUAGACGAAAUCUUGGCAAUCUUCAACAUCAGUGGUUCAGUUCGUGAAUGGCUUCAAUUAGAACCCCAAGAAAGUUUUUCGGAACCCAAAAAAUCGGCUGAAUGCCGCUCCGAAACAUCAACUCCUGUUGACCAAGAUGACAAUGUCACCGUUACUAACUCUUCUAAAGUAGUAUUUAUAUCUGAUUGGCUACCACCUGAACCGUUGCCAAGCCAUGAAUUUACUGCUAUGCCCACAUACAUCGAUAAUGACGGUGUCAUAUAUUUACACGAUGUAUCUCAAAACGAUACAUUGGAACUUAUUCAAAAAGCUCUUGAUGUCCGUUUUAAGAAGCCAGAUCAUAAAGCUAAAUAUGCAAAGUGGAGCAUCGGGGAGCCUUGUAUAGCUCUUUUUUUCUUAGAUAAUCGCUUCUAUAGGGGAAAGGUUCUGGAAGUCAAUGAAGAUAGCUCAACGUGUCUAAUACAUUAUAUCGACUAUGGAAAUGAAGAAAUAUGUUCGUUUGAAAAUCUUCGAAAAAACAUUGCCCUUCAUGAGAUUCCUGUACAAGCCCACAAAUGUUUUCUGCAUGGCAUUAAACCAGUUGACAAACACUGGGAUAGGAAUGCCCUUGACUACAUACAUAAGUCAAUUGUUGAGAAAGAAUGUUACGUUAAAGUAUGCGGAGAACCCGUUGAAGGCGUGAUUCCCGUUGAUUUGAAAUACAAUAAACUAUGGAUCAACAGUCAUUUAGUAGAUUUUGAGAUGGCGGAAUACGUAGAUGGCUCAAAAGCAGUAAUAAAAAGAUUUGCUCCAAGUAAAUUAAAUGAAGACGUCGGUGACAUAAUUUUGGUUGAAUCCGAUGGGAGCCCUGAUUACAUUAUUGAAAAAGAACCAAAUAGCCCUGACCUGCUGGCUACAUCAAAAGAUUCAUAUGAUGCACUUCAAGGAAAAGAUUGGAAUAUGCUGAUGGAAGAAGAAGAGAUCGACGAAGAUAUCAUUAUUACUUUCCCUAAAAACGAAAUGGAAGAAUUCAGAUGUAAUAUUUCUUCUAUUAACGAUCCGAACAUAUUGGAACUUAGUAUAUUACACGAUGAUAAAACAACUUCGCAGUAUAACCAAUUAUUUAGCUCGGUCCAGAGUGAAGGUGGUGACAGGCCACCAUUAAAUGGUAUAUACGAGAAUAAAGCGUGUAUCGCAAUAUUUCCAGAAGAUAAUUUGUGGUACCGAGCUUCUAUACUACAAUAUAGUUCUACUCAAAAUAGGAUUAAAGUAAGGUUUGUAGAUUACGGCAACAUAGAAGUAAUCUCCCCGGCAGAUGUUAGAGAGAUCAAAGAUGAAUGGGCAGAAUUACCUCCUGUAACUAUUUCGGCGAAAUUAUAUAAUGUUCAAUUGAGUCCGGAUGCAGAAAUGAAUUCGAUUGUAAAAGUAUACACUGAUGUCUUAUUAGAUAAAGGUCCUUUUCAUACUAAAAUUAUUGAAUACGAAAACGACAUUCCUUGCGUAGAAUUACGAAAUGAUAAUAAUGUCUUGAUAAACAAAAUGCUUACAAAAAAUACCGCAUUCCUUGAGGCAUCUGCCUUUAGCGACAACUAAGUUUAUUUUAUUUUUUUUAUCAGAAGCUAGCUUUUUGUUAUUUUUAGGGAUAAUUUUUAUUCUCUACACAUUCAAAAAAGUGUGAUUUCAUUUUCAAAUAAAACAAUCUUAUAAUA